UUCUCUUCGGCCACCAUACUUAAUAAAUUCAGACAUGGAAUUUAGCAAGACCUUCACAAAAAUGCAAUCUAUUAGCAUUGGCGAAACUGGCAACACUCUCCAUGCCCGUGUACAUAUAAGCAGCACAUCAGUACACCUGAAUACAGACACCUGGAAACGUGUGGUAUGGAAGUGAAACCAAUAGGUUACAUAAAUUCCUUAUUUGCAUUUAAGAAUGGAACACCUCGUCAGCCCACAGUGUGUCCUUUUGCCCGAGGUUCACUUAAAAUAGAAAAGUCCAUUUUCACAAAUCCAGAGCAUUCUUUGGAGGGCCUGGAAGAAUUUUCCCAUGUGUGGGUAAUAUUUGUUUUUCAUAAGAACACUACAGAAUAUGUGAAAGCAAAAGUGAAACCUCCAAGACUAAAUGGAAAAAGGGUUGGUCUGUUUUCCACAAGGUCUCCAUAUCGACCAAAUGCAAUUGGAUUGACACUAGCAAAACUUGAAAAUAUCUCAGGAGGCACAUUGCAUCUAAGUGGUAUAGACCUACUGGAUGGGACACCAGUGUUGGACAUCAAACCAUAUAUCCACAAGUAUGAUUCACCUAUAUCAUGUCCGUCUUGUAUGAAUAGUUCUCCAGAGGAAGAUGUGAAGGUGUCAUCUGAUUCAAUCAACAGAGGGAAUCAGGAACCAGAGCUACUAGUUUCUGAUAUGGAACAAGUGAAAGAAAGAAACAUGUCCUCCACAGACAGAACAACAUUUGAAGAACCAAAGAGCCAAAUAAGUAACAGUGGAACAGAAAGCAAAUCAGAGGAAAAUGAUCCUAGUGACAACUAUGAUUGUAAAGUUUCUUGUGACAAUCAAAGUUUGAAUAUUGAAUCUUCAUCAGAAGUUGUUAAUAAACAACCUAUAGUAAAAGCAGCAGAGUGGAUUUCGGAUGCACCAAUUUCCAAAUUAAGUGUAAAAAUCACAGACAGGGCCAGUUUUCAGUUGCAAAAAUUUUCAAAAACUGCAGAAAAUCCAGACUUCAAAUUGAAGUUUCUCCAUUCUUCAGAUGAAGCUUUGGAUGCCAUCAAAGCCAUUUUGUGUGAAGAUCCUCGUUCGAUCUAUAGACGACAAAAGUGUGAAGACAGUUUGUAUUACUUCACUGUUGACACACUGCAUGUGACUUGCUGGUUUGAUGAUAAUAUAGUUGAAAUAGUCAGAAUACAACCAAUUUUGUAUGCUCAACAUCUUAAAGUUUCCUAAUUGAUCAGUGAUAAUUAUUCAGGCCAGUUGUUAAUGAAAUAAACAUUUUGUACAUGUAUGUGUUUGCAUGAAUUCAUUUGUUAUGUAAUACUUGUACUUGAUUGACACCUGUGGCCUAGAUUGUUCUAGAGUUAGAUGUUUACUUCUUUAGUAGGAAGAUGAUAUAACACUUACAUAUUUCCUGAAUAUUCUAGAGGAUUCAUUUUUAGCCGAGUUGCAACAAAGUUGAACUCGGCUAUUGGUUUGGUGAUGCGGGCGGGCGGGCAGUUGGGCGUCAACAAUUGGUUUCCGGAUGAUAACUCGAAAAGUUUACAAUCUAAUCAAAUGAAACUGUGAUUUAUUGUUGGGUACCAGGUAAGGAAGACCCCUAUUGAUUUUGGAGAAAAAAGGUCAAAGGUCAAGGUCACAGUGAUCGAAUAUAAAUUGAAAAUUUCAGAAAUAUUUGGUUUCCGGAUGAUAACUCAGAAAGUUUAAAUCCGAAUCAAAUGAUACUUAAAGAUAUUGUUAUGUACCAGGUAAGGAAGACCCCUAUUGAUUUUGGAGAAAAUGGGUCAAAGGUCAAGGUCACAGUGACCGAAAAUAGAUUUAAAAUUCCAAAAGGAUUUUGGUUUCUGGAGAAUAACUUGAAAUUUUUUAAUUUGAAUCAAAUGAAACUUGGAUAUAUUGUUGGAUACCAGCAAAGCAAGGCCCCUAUUGAUUUUGGAGAACAAAGGUCAAGGUCACAGUGACUGAAUAUAGAUUGAAAACUUCAGACAAAUAUGGUUUCUGGACAGUAACUCGAAAAGUUUAAAACUGAAAUUAGUUCUUCACAAUUAUAAAUAUACCACGUCAUUCCUGGCUUUACAAUGUAUCCCAUGCAACUCGGCUCAUGCACCCCUGGGUGCAUAUACUGAUUUUUAUUAUAAAUACACUGAAUUUUGAUGAUGGUUUAACUCUGUUAGACAAGCACUUUACGAAUUUGGAUUAUAUUACUGGGAACUAAGAUUAUUUAGGAAUUUCAUUGGAUUAUAUUACUGGGAACUAAGAUUAUUUAGGAAUUUCAUUGGAUUAUAUUACUGGGAACUAAGAUUAUUUAGGACUUUCGUUGGAUUAUUUUACUGGGAGCUAAGAUUAUUUAGGAAUUUCAUUGGAUUAUAUUUCUGGGAACUAAGAUUAUUUAGGAAUUUCAUUGGAUUAUAUUACUGGGAACUAAGAUUAUUUAGGAAUUUCAUUGGAUUAUAUUACUGGGAACUAAGAUUAUUUAGGAAUUUCAUUGGAUUAUUUUACUGGGAGCUAAGACUAUUUAGGAAUUUCAUUGGAUUAUAUUACUGGGAACUAAGAUUAUUUAGGAAUUUCAUUGGAUUAUUAACAGCUGACUUGUGACUGUUUUGUAUGUAGAUUCAGCUCGGCAUUGGACAUUGUUUAUUGUUCACCUAUCAUAAGUUCGUACUUUGUUAUUGUUAUAAUUUUCUUUCAAUAAUUGUAAAUAAAUCGUAUCAAUUGUU